GGUCAGCAGCUAUUGUUUUUUUUAGCACAGCCAGUGUCAACGUAUCAUCGGGAUAUCGUAACCUAGGCUAGACUUUACUUCUUGAUCUUGAUCGUGUCUCUCCUAGGAGCCAGAUCUGUGCUGAAGUUGAAGUGUUGGGAAAAGGAUUGUUAUUGUACUGAGCUUGUCUCUAUAUGUGUGACAAUUCACGAAGGACAUUGUUAUAGUAUGCUUCAUAUUUCACCAGUUUUGGGACAGGUCUUCUAAGCAAUCUGAAGGAGCACACAAUUAUGUUGAGAAAAAUGAGGCUUUCUCUCCCCGUGGUGGUGGUGCUGGUCACGGUUCUUUUGGACUGUCCAGCCUGUGAGGGUGGGCCAGCCGUCAUGCCCACACAGCCGACCCACAACGACAAGAGCUUCAACGCUUCCAUCGCCAGCUGGAGGAGCAACAACUGCAGUUUUCCCAGUCCGUUCUUUUAUAAUGAGAGUGCAGAAGGCACCAGCAAUUCCCCUGCUCUAAGUCUAAGCAAGUGCUACUCGGUUCUACCUGAAGACCCCACAAGAGAACCGCUUGAUCAGGAAGAUGGACUCUUGUAUAGAGAACUGUGUACAAAAUUUGUCAAACUCGCCGAUACUCUGUGCCAAGACAAGAAAAAGUAUGAAAAGUUUGUUUUGUCAAAUCUCAGCAGAGAUUCCUUGCUGAAUGAUGUUGUCUUUACUCUGGAGCAGGACUCAUGCUGGUACGCCUCUGGACUGCCAAAAAACCCAAAAUCAUACCUGCCAGGUUUUAUGCUCAACAAAACAGAAUGCGACAGAGUCUGUUCCAGCAUCUUUGAGCCUGUGUGCCAGCUCAUCACCUCCGCCUUGUGUCACUUUUCGACGUGGAAGGGCUGCAUCCGUCCUGUUUCCUCAACAGGUGCGCCCGCAGCGACCAGUCCAACGGAAGGGCCUCACACGGAGCCUGGGAGUACCGUAGUUGCCAGCGAGAGUCCCGCGAAGACGCAGGAACCCACCCAGGCUGCAGGGGAUACAGGCGGUGCGGGGAAAGCUGGGACAAAUGGGGCUUCGGGGAAUACUGGAACAAAUGGGGCUGCAGACAUUACAGACAAGCCCGGACAAGGAGUGACAAAGAGACCCGAGGUUGGCAAGCCGAGUCAACGAGUGACUGCUAGUCCAGGACAAACAGCUGCUUCCACCAAAUCCCUGAAUGGUGCGGGCGGAGUGACCCCCGCCUUGUCUGGCAUGACAGAGAAGGUUGAUGGCCAGACACUCGGCCCUGGUCAGUCUACCCCGGAGAAAAUGUCAGGGGCGGAGCCAACAGUUCCGACUAGAACAAGUGCUGGAACCCCAGUGUUAGGGGGCGGAGCUGGUGGAACUGGGGGCGGGGCCGGUGGUGAUGGUGGCAAGAUUGAAACUCCCAUCCCUGCAGUAGCAACAGAAAAGCCAGCUAUUCCUGAAGGCAACAAGCCCCAGGACCUCCCCACAGACUCAAAUGAGGAAAACAAACCUAAAAAUGUGGAGAUUCCCGGGGCGAAAGCGACAGGACAGGGAGAGGGUGGGGGUCAACAAACAGCAGGGACCAGCACAGAGGGAACCACCAAAGAUGCUGGAAAUGGGGACGGAAGUCCAGGGGAAGACAACACCCCUCAGGCUGGUGCUGGUGAUAAGGCUGGUGAUGAUAAAAAGGUUGGGGGUCUACCUGAGGUGGUUGCUGGUGGUGAUGGUGAUCACGUGAAGGUUGUUGGUGCUGGUGGUGAUGGUGGUGCAGAGGAGAUUGCUGAUGGUGGUGCAGAGGAGAUCGGCGGUGGUGACUCCGCAGGGACUGUUCUGGAUAAUGAUGGCAGUACAGAGACGAAAGUCUCAGACCCCGGGGCUGGGCCAGAACCGCUGGAUGGGUUACCCGAAUCAGCGACCAAUGCCCCCACCCAGCAUGAAGGUCAAAGGCAAGGAGACCCCCUCCCCAACAGCAACGGUCAGAACUAUGGUGUCCACCCUCCUGUACUCAGUGACCCCGACUCUCCUGGCUCUGGCCACUUCUUCGCCUACUUCCUGACAGCUGUGGUCAUCUGUAUCUCGGGCUACGUCAUCUUCCACAACAAGCAGAAGAUUGUUGCGUUUAUCGUGGAAGGUCGUCACGGAACAGGCGGGUCACGGCGUCGCUCCGGUGGGCCCAAGUACUCGCAGCUCAAGAGCAACGUGGAGGAAGUGAUGCCGUCUUUGGAGAGUGCCACCACUGUCAAAAAUUUUGUGUACUAAAAUAAAAUUGUAACAUGUCCUGCAGGCUUGUCGGCCUCUGGGAUUUGCUUUGUAUAUUGCGUCUUUAUUCCGAAAGUUUUCUUAUUAUGAGGGAUUCUCUUUAUGACGGUGUUGAAAAUGUUUAGCGGACGGUUGUGCCGUUGUUUGUAAAAAUCAUAAAACAUAUGAAAAGAUGAAAGAGCGAUUGCAAAGUGCUUGGGCUUUGUGAAUGGAUCCGUUUUGUCUCACAGCUUGAUGAUGUUUUGAUGAUAUUCAAAGCCCCUCAGAGACAUUCAGUAUGGAAUUCAUUCCACUCUGUGGCCAUUUUUGUUGAUUUCCUGUACUUACACAUUCUAGAUCAGCCUGUUCAUUUUGUAACUGUCAUCUCUUUGAGGAGGAAGGUUGUUGUGUUUCUCGGGGUGUUGUCCUCAGCUCAACAGACAACGCGCUGCCAUGUUGUCUCAUCUGGCUCAUCAUCGUCACAAUCAUUGAAAUGUCACUUUAUCUGGGUGACAAACUGACAGUUGAGACAGACAUUCACAAAGAAUGAAGUGUUUUUUCAUCUGGGUGGGUAGUCCAAUUUGUUUCAAUGAAAAGUUACUUCCUCUAGAUGUGAGGUUGGUCCAAUAGGUUUCAGUGAAAUGUUGCCGUCUUUUGAAGGAGGUCCAACAUUUUUUUCCUCUCCUGAAAAAUAGGCUCUCUGGGCUUAGAACAGUAGAACAGCUUACUUGCCACCAGUUUGUUGUUUGGUUUUCCGUCAUUUUCGUUACUGUUUGGAGAAACUGACUUGUUUUAUACAGCUUCAAAAUUCUUUUCAAAUCUCUUCAUUCAUUCCUUCAUAACUAUCACCGUCGUCAAACAGAUCUGAACAAAUCAAAUCGCCCACAAAUUUUCUUGGUUAUUAAAAACAAUUUUUUUUUUUACUGAAGAUGUGAAUGAAUUGAUAGGGAGAAGAUGUGAAGGAUUGGAUCGUGAGAAGUUUUUGUACUGAGAGAGAUUCAGGUAAAGAUGGAGGGGAUUUUUUUCCUUUGUUUGGUUCGACCCUAUUUAUCACAAAAUUUCUUUUAACAUGAAACGAUUUCAAAUCUCCGUUUCCCCUCAACCUCUUUAUUGUAUACUUUGCUGCAACUUCCCUUAACUCGACCAAAUUAUUCUUUCUUUUUUAUUAAAACAUGUAUCGUCACGUCCUAA